GUUGUGGUGGUGUUACAGUAUGUGCUGUACAGCGUGUACAGUGUAGCCAUUUAUGCGUAUGUGUAUGCUGAUCAGAAAUUGUUGAGGACGCCAUCAUGUUGGGAGGCGAGGGCAAACGAACGGGUUGCCAAGUUGUCGUUCUAGUAGAAAGCUACGCCGUGAUGAGCCUCGAGUAUCCUCGCCUUCUCGACAAUUACGUCAAACCGGCCAUAAGAGUCUUGAGCGACAGAAAAGGCGAAGACGGAAAUCAUGGAAAUGGCAUGUCGAGCAGACAUACAUUCACUCUUGUGGCAGUCAAUCCAGUCGCUUUCCGGCUACAACCCGUCACCACAGUUCUUAACCACACUAUGGAUGUAGAGCAGUUCGACAAGGCGCUCACGUCUGUUCACAUGUAUGACAUGUGGUGGUGUAGUUUCAGUGGAGGCGGAGUCGAGGGUUCUUGUCACUGGGCUGAAGGAUUAGCAGCUGCUAUGGAGAUCUUUGAUGAACUUGAGAAAGAUGAUGUAAUGAAGGAAAUGAAUGUCACUAGACAUUGCUUAUUGGUUGCGUGUAGUUCCCCUUACCAAGCGGCAGCGACACAAAAUGAUUCUUAUUCCGGAUAUACUGCCAUGCAGUUGGCCAAGAUUUUAGGAGAAAAAUCUAUUAGACUGUCUUUGAUAUCAGCUAGAAAGCAUCCAGCUCUCAGGAAAUUAUACUCAGAGGCAUGCAGCAGUGAUGUACGUGUAUCACCCAAACAGGAAGUAGCUAUAUCAUCAGUUGAUCUAGUACUAUUGCAAGGAUUUCAGCUACCCGAUCCCAAGGAAACGGAAGCAUCUAAGGCUCUGCCAGAGAAUAAACCUAGUACUGCAACUCCACCCGUAGACGUUAAGCCUGAAAUAAAACAACAGAGAACACCGAGCGCCGUGGUCACCGAGAGUGAAAGCAUUCCAGUCACUGUUAAUCCCAACACACAGAAGCAGGUGAUGGUGCAGUCGACUCGGCCGUUGUCAACCGCUACGAGUGUAACUCCCGAUGUCGUCUCGAUGGUUGUGACCACACAAGCUCCACCGAAUCAGGUCGCACCGCCCAACCCGGGCGGUAAUCCGCCCUUCAAAACGUUACCUUCUAUGCCAUCGGCUACUGUGUCGCCGGCAGUGCAUACCGCCUCGACUGCAGCUCAGCAUGUCGUUCCUCGUCCAGUUUUACUACAACCCAUGAUUCAGAGUGUAUUCCCCGCUAAUAAUCCGGGAUUCGCACACAGGGACGGUCUGCCCAAUCCAAGACAGCCUCUAAUUGGACCGCCGAUAGUGCAAAAUCCGACUAUGCUGCCUUCCGUGCCUCCGCAGUCGCAGCAAGUACAGAGACAAAUCAUAUGGUCGGGAAUGGUGGAAUGGCAAGAACUUAAUCGUCAGCUUUCUACACGGACAACACGUACUCUGUUGACAUCAAUCGUAGCCGCAUCGAACGAUAACGUACAAGGCACCGGAUGGCCACAGAAACUGCCGAUGUCACUAAUGAAUGUGAAACUACUUCAAAUGGUGUUGCCGCUGCUGAGAGAUCACAGAAAAGUCUAUUUCAAGCCGCAGAUAUCGGCAGACUCGACCGCAUUACGAUCGUUGUAUCAUUCGCUUACUCACGAAAUGAUUGGUUUGAUCAGUGUGCAGCAGUCUCCGGCGUCGGACGUGCGUGUUAUUGUGGUGAUGUGGCAUAAGAGAGUGCUCAUCGGAAUUAUUCCCAACGAUCAAGCUGGUGUGAUGACUAAAAUCAAGAUGGCUUUCCUUAAACAUCGAAAUGAUGCAUUACUAAGACAGCAGCAGCAGCAGCAACAACAACAACAGCAGCAACAGCAGCAGCAAGUGAUGUUUACAACGAUGGCUUCUGGACGGUUGCAGAAUCAGACUGGCCUGUCAACCAUGUCUAUGACUGCACAGCCUGGCCUGGUGCCACAACAUGUGCCCAUUGCAAGGCCCGUUGCUCCUUCACAGCCGCCUGUUCCUGGGUAUUCGAAUGUCGUGAGGCUUUCUUCACACUCUCCAGCAAGGGAUCUUCGAUUACGACAACAACAACAGCUGCAGCAGCACUCACAACAACUACAACAGCAGCACCCACAACAACUACAACAGCAGCACCCACAACAGCUACAACAGCAGCAUCCACAACAACAACAGCAGCAACAACAACAGCAGCAGCAGCAACAACAACAACAGCAGCAGCAGCAGCAACAACAACUACAACAGCAGCACCCACAACAACAGCAACAGCAACACCACCAGCAGCAGCAACUCCAGCAGCAGCAGCAGCAGCAGCAGCAGCACCAUCUGCAGCAACAGAUGGCACAGCCACGUUUUCAACAUCAGCAGCAGCAGCUAUCGACUGUCCCUCAAAAACAGCAACAACAACUGCAUCUACAAGCGAGCCAUCAGCUCACAGGUGCCCACCCGACCCCACCUCAAUACAGAUGGCAACAGCCGCAGGCUCGAGCACAACUCUCGCAGUUACAGCAAGUUCAGCAACAACAGCAACUGCCCGCCAGUGCAGUUUAUCAACAGAAUGCACAGCCAGAUCUUGAUCUUGAUUCAUUCCUCAAUAGUUUCUAGUAGAGUUUAUUCGUAUAUUUACUGGUAUAGUAAUACAAAGGAGAGAUCUAAGAAAUUGAAAUUGAAAAGUA